UCAGCACCGACCGCUCACGAACACAAGUGCUAAACAGCGUAAGCUGUUGGAGCAUUGGAACACGUUAAACACGGGCCGGCGAGUUUUUGGAAGGGGAACGAAUUCUGUGCCUCGAGUUCGCAUAAAAAUAUGCUCAGUUUCUCUUCCGCUUUGGUCGCGUUAAGAUGGCUUCGUUUAUGGUGAAGUGUUCGCUGCUGCUCGUCAGCGUCUCGAUGGUGUUCGCUUUGACUAGUGCCGCAGAUGAUCGGUCGAGUGACAUCAACCGGGGCAGUUUGGUGAGAGCCGCAAGAAGUCCACAGCAACCCCAAGGUUUCCCGAAUUUCCCACCGCCACAGUUUCCCUUCGCCAAUCCGGAAAUAGUCUCGCAAGAUACGCAACGCGACAAAAAUGGGUUCGCCCAGACGACGAUCUACAAGUACCCGAACGGGAUGGGUUCGUCAUCCGUUUCGACCAGUUACUCGGGUUCGUCCAAGCUGGUCGGCGUCACCUGGAGUAUGCUGAUGGGCGCGAUUGGCUUGCUGCUGCUUAAAGCGGUAUACUAGACAGAGCUUGCUGCAUCGUUGAGCAAUAGCAGUUAAGGUUUAAAAAGUGGUGCAUUCAGUGAGGCGUUGUGCUUGAGGUGUAGUUUUCGGCUUAAUUUUGGAGCAGUAUUAUAUCGAAAGUUUUGAGUUCAGAAAUGAGUUCUAAAGAGCAGGUUUCAAGUUUCAUUUUAAAUUAUGAUGAAGUAUCUAAACCUGCAAACAGUAAUUGAAAUCUGAAAAUAAAUAAUUUAUUAUUUUAAUCCAAA